AUGGCCAAAGAGCAAAGAAGAGCGGGAGAAUUCAUGUCCAAAUGUGUUUAUGCUCUUUGUUGCGAAUCGAACGGUGCUGUUAAUGAAGAAACUGGAUUUGACAAACUGAAAAUGGUGACUGGUGGCUUCUAUCUACCGAAGACCAGCGAAAAAAGGCCGCUUGGACAAGAAGCUCAUUUCUACCUUCAAAACAAGCAAUCCAUUGGCGUGGCCGAUGGUGUUACUAGCAAGUCCGAAGAGCGCAUUGCAAAUGAUUCUGGAAUUUCCGCAAGAGAACUCAUGUCCAACUGUGUCGCCGCACUCCGUCGCCAAUCUAAUGAGGCUGUUAAUCCAAAACAAGAGUUAAAAUCAGCUCAUUUUAAGACUACAUCAAAAGGGUCUUCCACUGUUUGCAUUGUAUCCCUCAAUGGAAACCCUGAUGAGGGUGAAUUUGAGGUUAAGGCUCGUGAUAUUGUGGUGCUUGGAACUGAUGGAUUGCUUGAUAAUCUGUUUACUUAUGAGAUUGAGGACGUUCUUCAAAAUCUGAUUUCUUGUGGAACUGAUCCUCAACAGAGCGCUGACACCAUUGGAGCUGCUGCCAAGGCAAAUUCACGUAAUAGAUUAUCCAAUUCUCCAUUUUCUGUGGCUGCUAAGUUGGCUGGAUUUGAGUAUGUUGGUGGUAAAUAUGAUGAUAUUACUGUUGUCGCUGCAAGGAUUGAGUACAAAAAUCAGUUACUUCACCCGAACAUAAAAGAAGAAGGCAUGCUGCCGAGUUGGGCUACCGAACUUUUGUAUGUUAAAGCUCGAGGAGGGAUUUUUGGUUCAGGCAUUCCAUCGAACAAGUCUCAUACAUUAUACAACAACACCAGAAACGUAGUAAAGGAGUGA